GACCAUCUGUCUACCGCAGUCACUCACUUCUCGCAUUACGAUUAACGCGCCUGUUGAUAGCACGCCCCUCUCGGCUAUUAGCAAAAUAGACAAGAUAAGCAGCCGACGUGUAUUUACCGGAGCAACAAGUUAAUCACGUUCUAUUACUCGUGGAAUGAGGGAUCUAUUCUUAAAACCCGUGUAGCCCAUUUUUACACGUUUUUUUUUCUUCUUAAAAAGCCCUGCCAGUAUCUCCUUGCUUUUCAUUUUGAUUAGGACUGUUCGCAGCUUCAGCCUGAAACAAUUUUUUUGAGAGAAACUAUGUAUGGCGCUCAUUAAUUCGUUCGCUCACUCGGUCAUAUUGCGCACAGACUGUCGCUACUUCAUCACACGCACACGAAAAUAAAAGCGCGCGAAUAAGCACACAUACAUACACACACAUACAUAAACACACACACACACAAAUCGCAUACAUACACUCAAGUGCAUGAGCACACGCGACAAAAAAAAAUAUAUAUUUACCUGGACAAAAAAGAAUCCUUGCGUACACAAAAAAAAAAUAUAUAUAUAUAUAUAAGCACAUUGUAUUUGUAUGUAUGUUUAAAUGUCUGAGCGCAUUUGUUAAAUCUUCGAUUUUCCAAAAAAAAAUUCGAUGAAUAUUAUUUAUGCAUCUGUGUUGUGUGUAACAGUCAAUGUCCACAAAAGCUAUUUUGAAAUGCGUGAAACGUCUGCACGUUUCGAAGAAUUCCUAGCUGGCCUUAAUGCACAUGUUCUCGAGGGCAUCUUCACAAACAAUAACUCCCACUUUUGAGACGAACCGACUUACCAAAGCGUGUGUGCUAUUGAGGCGUUAACACUAGAAAGCAGUGCUUCCAACAGAAGAUAAAAUCUUGCAUAGGCUUUUUUAAAGCGCUCUCUUCGUAAUAUUCACGUGUGACUGAAAGUAGUCCACGAGGUACAGUUACAGCGGUAGUUAAACGUGUGUCUUGUUUCAGAUAGAUGGCGAAAAAUCAUCGAUUCAAUAGUCAAAUUGGAAAACAUCGAAAAGAAAAUAAACCAAAUGGAUGAAAUAAACGUAAGUUUAACAAUCAAUUUGGACAACUCAUCUUUGGAAUCUAACGAUGACUCCUCAGUGCACACAGAUGAAAUUGUACACAGACCAAAAUACAAGAUUCUUGAAGAAAUUGGUCGAGGUGGUUUUGGACGAAUCUAUAAAGCUUAUAAUAGACACAAGGACGGCUUGUACGCUUUGAAACGACUCUGUUUUGAAGGAGAAUUCCAAGACAACAAAUACAUCAGUGCGGAGGUAUACUGCCUCUCGAAGUUUAAGCACCCGAAUAUAAUCAUCCUAGAAGAAUUUAUCCUUAAACCUAACCGUUUAUAUAUCAUUAUGGAGUAUGCUGAAUUUGGUAAUAUUGAACAGUAUGUAACGAGUAACCAUAAUAUUUCCUCAUCCGACAUCUUACAAUUUUUUAGCCAAUUAACAUCUGCAGUACAUUACAGUCAUUCCCAAAAUAUUGCCCACCGAGAUAUAACUCCCAGCAAUGUAUUGUUAACUUCAAAAUUCGACGCCAAGCUGGCUGAUUGGGGAUUAGCAACCCCUUGUGGUGUCGAUAGAAGCAAUCCAAUUCUAAGCGAUGACUAUUUGGGAGAUUAUCGAUAUCAAGCACCAGAAGUUAUCCGAAAUUCUCCUUUUGAUCCCUUGCCCACGGAUAUCUGGAGCCUUGGAAGUAUAUUAUAUUUUAUGUUAACUUGUAACCCACCAUUUGAAGGGAGUGAAGCAACCAUUCUUCACAACCAGACAAAUGUUGGUGUCACUCUACCAGAUUCAGUUGUCAACAGCAGCGAUAGACUAGUGAAUGUUAUUGUUAAGACAAUUAAAUUUUUGAUGGUUGCAGAUACAAACGAGAGGCCCAAUAUAGAAACAGUUAGUAAAAGAGUAUCUUCCAUUGUCUCACAGCUCGAAUCGUAAUAAAAUUACAAUUUUCUGAAGUAUUACAUUAAUUUUUGAAGUGCAUAUUUACAAUAUUAUAUCUACACUGUGUUUCGAUCAAUCUGAUCUCUGAUCGUCAUCAGGUGUUGAAUUUCUGGAUGAAGUCAAGAAAUUAUAAUCUUAUAAAGAACAAUUCCUCUCAGACAUUUAAGUGAUACUUGAUGUCGUUUGAUUUAUUCCUAUUAACAGAAUUUGGCUUUAUUUCAAACCGUAUUAACAAAUGACUAACAUUUUUUUUCAUUUCAUUAUAUUCAAUGAAAAAUUCAAAAGAAAACUGAAUUUGAAAAUAACCAGAAUAUACUUACAAAAUUGUAAAAUUCGAUUUAUCAUACAUAUACGGAUGUGGGACAGCAUAUUUUGUUGAAAUUUAUUAUUUUUGUAUGAUAAUCCCCCCUCUCUCUCACACACAAACACACACACAACACACACACACACACACACACACACACACACACACACUAACUACCUCUCUCUUGACCUUACUCAUUCGCACUUCAUAGAUCAUUCAUCUCAUCCUCCCGCAUCUCAUUCGUCCACUGUUUCUGCCAAAUAGCGCAUUGACUUUUUUUUACUUUAUUCCCUUCUGCGGCCAUUACUUGAGUGCACUCCGCCGAAGUGCCGUAGUAGAAACGUUAGCUGUUCCCAUUCCUAAUGGCAACCAAAAUCAUUGACACCCAGCAAGCUCUCUUGCAUCUUACUACUUAAACGCAACAUAAAAAAUAUAAAAACGAAAAGUUUUUUUUUUAUUAUUCCAAUCGUAAGUAAAUAUUUAAUAAAACACAC